GAGGGUAACGCAGAGUAGUCGACGGUUCGAAACCCUCCGCGGUGGCUCGUGUGUUUCCAGCCGAGAUGAACAGCGUCGGGGAGGCGUGCACGGAGCUGAAGCGCGAGUACGACCAGUGCUUCAACCGCUGGUUCGCCGAGAAGUUCCUGAAGGGGGACCGGGGGGGGGACCCGUGCACCGACACCUUCCGGAAGUACCAGCGCUGCGUGCAGGCGGCCAUCAAGGACAAGGACAUCCCGGUGGAGGGGCUGGACUUCAUGGGCCCCAGCAAGGACAAGCCGGAGAGCUGAGGCGGUGGAGGCCGGGA